AACCCGUUCCGCCGUCGCCACGAUUUGUUGUGAUUCACUCAGCCGCUGUCGGCCCUUUAGCUGCGCGGCAUUAAUCAGUUGCAAGACGAUCGAUUAGGUGGCAACAACUGGCGCCAAGUGCAACUGCAACUGCAACUGCAACUGCUGCCACCACGCUGCUGCCUCGCUGCCCAAAAAUUAUUUAUUCUCAAGUGAAAAUCGGAAAAAUUUUCUAAUUGAAUUACCUAAUCGCUCUUGAGUGUUUCGAUAGUCUGUCUGAGUGUUUGUGAGUGCGUGGUGAGUACACACACACACACACACACACACACACACAUACAUUGCAUUGCUGCCUCUGAAUACUCUAUAAAAAGUCGGGCGCAUUACGCAAGCGAACGCGAAUGGCUGCAGACGACGCGCUCACCGGCAUCGGGGAGCUGCUCUUCUCGCUGCUGAUCGGCUACCUAGGCGCCUUGGAGUUUGCGUUUGUGGCGCGCCAUCUGUAUCACUGGAGCUGCCAGCAUCCGAAUGGCAAUAGUGCGUCGAUAGAUGCGGCGGCCGAUGCCGAGGAGCUGCCGCGACUGCGAGAGCGGUUGGACAGGGAGCUGGCUGAGGCGGCGGCCAUGGAGGCAGCUGCGGGCACCCGUGUGAUGCAGGAUGGGGUGCUCUAUAGCAACGGAUUCCGGGUGGAGUCGGAGGCAGAGAAACGGGCGGCGCUGGCUGCGGAGCUCGAGCGGCAGCGACGCAUCGAGGAGGAGACGCGCAAACAGCUGGCCGAGGCGGAGCACAGGCUGCAGGAGGAUCGGAGGAGAGCCGAGGAGGAACGACUGGCCGCCGAGGCGAAUGAGAGCGCACGAAGGUUAAUCGAGGCGGAAAAAGAACGCGAAGCAGGCGAAAGAAAGCGCGAAGAGGAGGAACAGCGAGAGCGGGAAAGGGAACGGGAACGGGAGGAGAAUGAGCGCAAAGUGAUUGAGGCCGAAAAGCAGCGCGAGGAAAAUGAAAGAAAAUUGCUGGCAGCCGAAAGUGAGAGACUAGAAAGGCAGGAAAAUGAAAGAAAAUUGCAAGAAAUCGAACGCGAGCGCGAAGAAAAUGAGAGAAAAUUGCUGCAGGCCGAAGUGGAAAGAGAGGAGAGGCAAAGAAGAGCGGAUGAGGAACAGCAGCAGUUGGAGGAAAAUGAAAGAAAACUGCGUGAGGCAGAAGAGCAGCGACUCGGAGCCCAACGCCAGAUCGAAGAGGAGGAGGCGGCUGCUGCAGAGAUCGAGCGUCAGUUGUUCGACUUGGAGGAUGAGCAGGAGCAGAGGGACAAGGAAAUUGUGGAACGUCUCCUGGCAGCUGAGCGCGAGCGUAAGCUGAGCGCCACAGAGAGCGAGCUGGAGGAGGAGGCGAUACUGUUGGAGGAGUCGCGACGAAGGGCAGCUAGCAAAAUGGACAAGGAAAAGAAACAACGAUCGAUUGAAGAGAAUGCGCGACUCUUCAUGGAGGCGGAGGAGGAGAUGGUGAUGCUGCAGCAGCGCAAACUGCAGGCGGCGCAGCAGCAGGAGGAGGCACAAUAUGCGGGCAUGGAGCCCGUCGUUGAGGAGCUGUGCGUCAAGAAGAUAUUGCCGCCCAGAUUCGAGGAGCCGCCGCUCGAAGAGCCGAUGGUUGUGCAGCGCGUCAAGACGCAGUUUGGCCAAAAGAGCGGAGGAGUCGACGAGCCUUACGCACGCUCAAAGACCCUCAUGUUUCCGGGCGUCUCCGAUGAGGGCUCCUCCGUGGAGCCCAAUUCCAGCCAGCAGUCCUCGUUCAGCACACAGCCCUCCGAGGAGCGCCGAACAGAGGAGGAACGUCAGGAGCCGGAGGGCGAGGACAAUGUGCCCGAUGUCCAGUAUAGCGAGGACUAUUUGCGAUCGCUGGAUGGCAUCAAGAGUCGAUCCCUGAUACGUGAGGAUGGCUCGGGUCGUCGACGCGCCUUCAAGAAGCGGCGAUCAAGCGGAAGCUCGAACUCGUCGCGUGAGUCACGCGCCUCACGGGACGACGAGCUGAAAAUGUUCACAUCACUGGAGGAGGAGGAGCUGCGACAUGGCGAUAAGGCUGACUACAAUCCCAUCAAGUACACAGAGCCCACUCUGCGCGUCAAGUCGCAUCACAGGCGACACAAGCGCAGUCCUGUCAAGGACGUGAAGCCAGCGUCCGAUGUGACUGGCUCGCUGGAAAUGCUGGGCGAGGAGAGCACAAAUCCCUGGGGCGAACUCACACCGGAACACUAUAAGGACACGGAGUUUUGGAAGCGCGAGAAGGCCUUGUCCAUUGACGAGGAGGAGCUGGAUCUGGAGAGGCGUGCCUCCGGCGAAGAGGUGUUGGAUGAUUCACAGAACCUGCCCAAAGCCUCAUCCUUUGAGCACGCGACUGAGGAACAAAAUGAACAGGCCGCCAAUUCACUGCGACAGCAGCGCUCCAAGGAGCAAGUGGAUCAGGACAAGGAGCAGGAGCAGGAGAAGGACAGCGCGGAAUCUUCGAAAGCAACGGAAGCGAGCAGCAGCGACAAUAAAUCCAAUCUGCAAACCUCUUCAGCGACAGAGGAGCAGCCGCGUGGUGGCUCACCCGGUCUGCGUCGCAGUCCGCGCAUCGACGAAAUGGUUCACUACGAGGAGCGUUGCCGCGAAUCGGAGGCAGCGAGCCAAGCGCCCAGCCUGCCGACGCCAACGAUCACAAUUCAUCAGCCGGACACGGGUCCCUGGAGGGAUGAAUAUGGCUUGCUCAUGGAGGGCAUCAGCGACUUCUACGACUUUCAGGCAUCCGUAAACCCCUCGAGAUCCAGAUCUGCCUCACGCAAUCCGUCGCCACAGCCGAAGAACGUGGCCAAUCGCAUGGACGUGGAUGAGGCGCAUACGCUGGAGGUCUACGAUGAUAGCGAAGCGGGUCUGCCGGCUGGCGAGCUGAAUUGCGAACUAGUUCUGCAAAUGCUGGAGGCGAAUAUAAAUGAAAGCCCGUCUCCGGGCGAGCAGCUGCAGCUCCAGAAUGUUGCCGACGAAGUGCCACAGAAUGGUGGCGCUAGUGCAGCUGUGCCCAUGGUCUUUGAGACGCAACCUCAGACCGUCAACGAACUGGAGCAGCAAAUGCAACAGAAGGCUUUGAAUAUUCAGGGAGAAAUUGCACUGGAAAUGGAAGCCAAUGGACUUGGAGAGCCCCAUUCAACUCACACUGAAUCCGAUGCCAAUCUACCCCAGCCCAUAAUCGAGAUCAACGACAUGGCUGAGCCGCGAGUCGACGACUCGGAGCCAUUGCCCACACGCGAGGAGAUGCGUUUGUUUGUGGAAAAUCUGCGUGCCGAGCGCAAUUCACGUGAGCGUUCACAGUCACGUUCCCGUUCCCGCUCACGCUCGCCUCUGCCCACGGCGGACAAUAUAGAAAGAAGUCUGGAGGCAAGACGCUUGAAGCGCAUCAAGCAGAACGAUGAGCUCUUUGAGCAGUUGAAGGAUGAGCAGGCUGCUUGCUUGGAUGUUCCAGCUCCCACUAUUCCCGUGAUUGCGCUCAGUCCACCGCCCUUGCCCACCAUCUCCAUUGAGAGCGUGGAGGAGCCCAGAGAGGAGCCAGAGGAGCCGGAGGAUACGCCCGAGUCGAUGGCCAAGCUGUUCGAGCAGCUGCGUCUGAAUCGCGUUCGCUCGCAUUCGCGUUCCCGUUCGCCUCUGCCAUCGGCGGACAAUCUGGAGCACAGUUUGCAGCACAGACGGGAGAAGCUUAUUGCUCAGAAUGAUGCGUUCUUUGAGCAGCUGGAUCAACGAGCUAAGACACCAGAGCCGGAGCGUCCUGGCAGCAGUCGGGACAUGCGCUCCCUGUCGCCCUCACGCUCACGUUCCAAUUCGCCAAGCGGUGAAACGGAGGAGCUGGAGUUGCACCUCACGCUCAAUGUCGAGGGCGCCGAUCAGCGGACCCUGCGGCAGCACAGCGCCGAGAUGGAGACUAUGCUGGACAGCAUAGCCAAGCAGCGAGAGUUCGAUCUGGAGGCGCUGCAUCAGCUGACAAAUGCCAGCGAGGAGGUCGAGCUGCGCGUCGAAUCGGACUUGCCCUGCGACUACGAACGCACCAUCUCGGAUGCAGCGCGUGAGCUAAAGCAGGAGCUUAACAUCAGUGGCUUCAAGCGCUCCACCUACGUGGGUGAGUCCUUGGAUCUGGGCAGCGAGUACUCGCAGCAGCGGGAGGAUAAUGCGCGCUUCGAACGCUCUCGCACGCCUUCGCCUUCGCUGGACCUAUCGAUGGCCAGAGACCAGGCGGCAGCCCAGCGUGAGAUGCAGGAGGCGAUACUCAAUUCGCUGGUCAGCGCCAGUGGAUUGGAGAACGAGAAGCGACUGGGUGCCAAGCCCAAGACGAAUGAAUACGAUCGCAGGGUGUCCGAGGAGCGAAAGGAGGACGCACUCGGGGCAGGCAUAUCGGGCCAGUUGGACGAUCUGCGUCAUCGCACGGCCGAGUUUCAGCGCUCACGCAGUCAGAGUCGUUCGCCCGUGCGGGAUGUGGAGGAGGCGCGUGCUCAGCAGAACAUUGACGCUGAGGCCGCCAAGCGGGAGCUGCAGGAUCAGCUGCUGGAUCAGCUGGCUGCUUCGAGCGUAAACUUUCAGAACUUCUCGCGCUAUUUGAACGCCGAUUUCCUGGACAGUGAGAGACGUGCCUCCGAUUCGGCGAUUAUGCAGCUGGAUCCGUUUGCCGAUAUGGAGCCCGAGGAGUAUCAUCAUUUCAGACGCUACUCGCUGGCCCAAGAGCAGCCGGUGGAGGAGUAUCCGAGCGAUGAGUGUGUCUAUAUCUCGCAGAUCGAAGUGCGUUCGCUGACGGGCAAGAGAACCUGGCUCAAAGAGGAUUUCUAUACGCGCGAUCUGGACAGCCUCGAGCUGAACCUGCAAGAGGGCAGGAAAUUGCUGGGGGAGUCGGGCAAGGAGUCGGAAUAUGCCACUGAAGAGGGCUCAUGGGCACGCGCUGUGCUCGCAGCCGAGGCGGAGGCAGCCGAGUUCGAUGAGACGAGCGCAAUCUACAAUUUCGACAUAUGCGGAGAAUAUCCUGGCAACGAUGAGGCCUGCAGCAGCAAUGACAGCGAGGACGAACGACAGACUGUGGUCGAAAUGGAUGACGACGACGAAGAUGAAUACGAAUUCGAAUUGGACGAGGGCAUCUCGGAUAACAAUGAGCGUACGCAGCCCACGGAUGAAUCGCAUCACGAUACGUCCGAGUGCGAGGAGGCGGAACGCAAUGCGGAUCGUUAUGCGAAUCGGGAAGCCAACGACUGGGAGGAGGUGGACAAUGUGGAGGACUUUGCGGACUUCAGCCUGGACGAUGGGGCCGUGGGUGGAGCCUAUUCCGAUCCAGAUUCGUUUAUCGAGCAGAUCUACAACGAUGCCGUAAAGAAUCGCAAGCAGAGUGGCAUUCUCAGGGACUACGAGACAAUGGUGCAGGAGCAGCUGCCGGCGGAUAAUGCCGAUCAGAGCGAGUCCGACAAGGAGAAAUCCAGUUCGGAAAGCGAUCGCUAUGCGCUAUGGGCCAAGACCCGAGAGCUAACUAGGUCUGAAGAUGGCAAUAGGCACAGAGACAUUGACGUAGCCAUUGGACUGCUCGAAGGCGAGCGUCGGGAUACGGAGAUGCGCUAUCUAGGCGAUGCACAGGUGGCUGCACGGCAGUCGACCCGCCUGCGCACCCGCUAUGGCUAUAGUCCGAAGCUGCAGGGCGGCAUUCUAGAGGAUGAUAUUGAAGUGGAUCUGAACUACAAGCCGAAGAGGGAAUACAAUUGGCGUAAGAACUUUAAGCUGGACGAUAAUGAGUCUGAAGAGCCCAACGUGGAGCGGACUGCAAAGGAACAAAUCGAAGAGAAGGAGCAACAGGAGCAGCAACAGCUGGACGAAGUAGCUCCGAAUGAGGAACAAUUUGAGCUGCAACUCGGGCUGGAACAGGAUCUAUACGAACCGGCACCAAGUGGUGAAUUGGAUCUACGUCGUUAUAGUCUGGGUGGCGAGAGCAUAACCCUCUUUAGUCGUAGUCCGGAGCGCGAGCUGUUGUCCGUUGUGCUUGAGGAAACGUUGCCAGAGCAGGAAAAUGAGAUCAGAGAAGAGACAAUCGAUCAGACGGAAGCGACGAAUGCUGCAAACGAAGAAUCUCUCGAGAAGCCCAAAAAGAAGAAGAGCAAGAAGAAGACACGCAAGGGCUCUAAGACAGAGGAGGAAUUGCGGGACGAGAACGACUCAGACACGAAUCAACAAAUGAAUCGACGCGGCUCGGCGACCAGAGAGGAUGGGGAAACCCUUACGGAAACCCCCAAGCGCAAGGUGCGUUCGCGACGCAGCUCCAAGAGCAGCGCCACCAAUGAGGAGACCAACGCUGGACUCCUCUCGCCGCGCAGCAGCAUUGGCUUUGUGGCCGAGGGAACUUUGGGUGGCAUUGCGGAGCUUGAGCCAGCACAGAAAAAGAAAACGAAGAAGCGCAAGAAGUCAAUCAAAGAGUCCACAGAGCAGGAGUCUAGCAUAGCUGCAGAGCUCUCCAAUGGCCCAGACAUUGAUGCAGCCUUGGCCGAGGCGCUGGCCAAGAUUGCGCCCAUUACGGUAUCAGCCUCAACCAAUCUAACGCCAGCUUCGACGCAGCAGAAUCUCUUGUCCAGCCUAAGUGCCGGGCAUAGCUUGUGCCUGACUCCUGCCUCAUCUUUCGAGGAGCCGCCGAGCUCCGAUUUGGCUACUAACAAUGCACCAACAGCUGCGCCUGCUCGCUCUGUUGUGGACACCUUUGACCUGAUCAAAGAUGCCAAUUUCUAUCCGCUUUUCUAGGCAACGAAUAUUCUAUACUUUUUCAUUUGAUUUCAAUCUUUAUCUGUUUC